AAGAUUCAAUUACAUUUAUGAUAGGCACCAAAAGGAGUAUCAGUAACAAAAACUAAAUAUACACAUACAUACAUACAUUGCAGGAAUCUUGUGAAUGCAUUUAAACUGUUCAAAUUUUCAGCUUUUGAUCAUUUUUACCUACUUUACUGCAAAAACCCAGACAGGAAAUUUUUUUUAAACUCUUUAUCAAUUAAAAAGUUCAUUUAAUUCAUAAUUUGAUAGUGAAAGGUGAUUUAGACAUGGAUCUGCAAGUGGUUGUUCAUAAUGCCUUUUUUUUUUUUCCCUUUGUUCUUCCUUUUUUUCCCUUUACCAUCAACACCAUACUCAUGAUUUCCACUAAAAGCUUAAACCUUAAUGCAAAAAUGUACUAAUAGUGGUAAAAAAUUAAACAAAUUUGGUAAAUGAUGUAAAUUAAAAAAUUUCAAAGCUUUAAUUCCUUCAUUAGGUAACUGUUUUAAAUAAAGUUUAAAGCUUUUGCAUGCUCUAAAUUUGCUCACUUUUUUAAAAAGGUCCAAAAUUUUCAUUAUCCCCAAUAAGUAAACCAAUCAAAUAAACAUUUUUUUUUUUGGCUUUGGAUCUGAAGCUCUGCUAGUUCAUUUGCAACAGAGUUUGGUUUUGUCGGUUUUUAGAUGAUCAUGUCUUUGAUUAGAACAUUGAAGAGCAUAAUAUGCCUCAAGAGAGUUUAAGAUCAAUUGUUUAUAGAUCAUUUGUUACAUGUGAUGAUCCAAAAGGAGUUGUAGAGAGUAGAACAAUUAGAAGGUCGAAAACCGGUUCAACCGACACGAUGGUGCGUAAUAAAACUGACGAAUGCCAGCAAAAAACGAAGAACCGAUCGACAAAGGGGACUUCUUGUCAACUCUUGGAGGUUUCAAGGAGAGCUCACAAGCUAAAUAAUGUGAUUGAUUCAUGUUCGAAACGGCUUUGGUAUGAUACGAAUUCGAGAGAUGUAGCUAAAGAUUUGUUGAAAGGAGCACUUGAUUUGCAAGAUUCAUUGCAUGUGCUUGGGAAAUUGCAAGAAGCUUCUCAUUAUAUGGCAAAAUGGGAUAGGGUGAGAAACGAGCCGAAUUUGAGUCUGGUUAGAGAAUGGGAUUAUCGAACUGAAAACCAAAAUCCGAGGCUUUCCGUUGAUGGUUCUUCGAGAGAUUGUGUUGAGGAGCAUAGGAAAGUGAUUACGUAUAGUCUAGCUAAGCAAAAUCUUUUGCCAAAUGUUGAAGAAAUGAGAUGCUUAAGUGGAAGAUAUCCGGGUAUCCCGUCUACAAGCUCGAGUCAAUCUUCAACCGUCCGUACUGAAAAAGGCCCAAGUUUGAUUGCGAAGCUUAUGGGACUAGAACAAAUGCCUUCGAGACCACUGCAGACAAAUUCGUGCAAGGAAGUGGAGUGUAACAAGAUUUUGGAUAGACAAAAGCAUAUGUUUGAAAUCAAUAGGCCAAAAGUGAGGAAGUCUCGAUUUGUUUUCCGGAAGGAAGAUCUAGAUAGGCGAACAAUGGACAUUCACGAGGCCAUGCAUUUUAAAGGACUAUUGAAAAGCAACUUCAUCAAAGAGAUCAAGUAUGAUUCCCAUCAAUGGAGUGAUUUCUUUCCAGAACAGAAGUUGAUCAAUGAUAGUCCUCCAAUCGUACUUAUAAAACCUCGAUACAGUCCACACUUGCAAACAGAAGAAAAGUUCGUGCCAUGGUUUCACGAGGGUCGUAGCUUAAACACUGAUACUAUGCUCAGAAAAGUGCAGCCUCCUUCCAUUAGCUCGAGGGAAGGUGCUAAAGAAAGCAAAGAGAAAGAGGCCAAACCAGUGAAAAGCGAGGUAAAAGCUAAAGAGAAGCUAUCUAUGAAGACAAAAACUUCAGGGCCCAUAACCGUGCCAUUGCUGAAAAAAGAGGCUACUCACAAGAAAACCAAAAAGAUACCGAAACCAGUUAACAAGGAGGUUGCAAAGGCAAAGAAUUUAUUGAGGUCUAAAGAUGAAGCUAAGGUUACCCCUCCAAAGUCUGGUAAGCUUGAAAAUGGAUCAAAUGUUACAAAUAAUAAAAUGUCUCAUCAACGCAGAUCACAAACUGUAGUCCGUGCUCCAAAUGAUCGGAAAAAGGGAGUGAACAAGAUGAAAACGGCUAAAAUAACUAACGAGAUAUUAGAACACAAUGGAGAUGGUAUUGUUUCGGAAGGAAAGAAGAUUGAUCUUAUAUCGGAAAGCGAUACAGUUUUCGAACAAUAUAGCAUUGAAACCGAUAUUAUGAUUGGAGAAUGUCGUGAUAACAGCGAGGAUUCCGUUUGUGACAUUACCCUGGUGACUACUGAUUAUCAAAACAACCGAAAAUGUAUCGGUCCAAAUGAAACUGACAACGAAAGCUUCACUAGAGAGGCCAAACUAAAAGCACUGCUAUUGAGCAGUCCGGCUUUCCUCAAUCACGCCGACUAUCUUUUUUAUCUUCAUGUGAAUCUUCCUACAACUUCACCAAAAUUCGACAUCAACGAAUUCACAGAUGCCAACAGAAGACUUUUCUUAGACUGCGCAAAUGAAAUUGUUCGAAGAAUAAGCUUUCCCGAUUCUCAACUGGUUCACCCUCCAUUAUCAUCCGUGGUCGGAAAUGCCAAAACUCAUAUCUCUCUAGACCAUUUGUUAAGGGAAACUUGUGAUCAGGUUGAGGCAUUGAGAAACUAUAGUGAAGUAGCUGGUGAAGACUACCCCGCUGGUAGUCUUUAUUCAAUGCUUGAAAGAGACUUAAAGCACAAGGAAGCUUUAAGUGGAAUAUGGGACUUGGGUUGGAAGAAAGGGUUUACUGUGAAUGACACGAUACAAGUAGUGGAUGAAAUAGAGAAGCAAUUAUUGAAUGGGUUAAUCGAGGAGAUUUAUGCCUAAGUUUCAGCAGAAACCGAGUUCGGUUACACUCUUAACAAGAGAAUACGAGUUCAAACUUUAAAAAUAAUAAUAUUGUUCCGAAAGUUUGGUACAACAUGGACGUGAGCGAUACAACAAUUGUAAAUAAAGUUGCUUUAGUUGAUAAUUGUAAAUUCGUUUAGGGUAAAUUAUAUUUAUAGUCGCUCACCUAUUAUUAAAUUAUUUUUUUAGUAAUUUAAUUAUAAAAAGUUAUAAAA